AACCAUAUAAUAUAAAUAUUGUAUAUAGCUUCAUUAUAAAGAGAGAGAGCUAAGCUUUACCUCAAAGUCUCAAGCUGCAAUAAGAAGACACGCAAAGAUUAUCAAUACAAACAAGUUUGUGGCCAUGGCAGAGGAGUUUCAGGCCGGGAUUUGUGGCGAGAACUGGUGGAUGAAUUCUUCGAAAAGCAUGUUCAUCGGCGGCUUAUCACCAUGUUCUACGGUGAGCCUCCCUAGUGAUCAUAUGGGAACUUAUAAUGGGUCAUGGGCCACGGCUGAUAUGGUAGACUUGAAGCCGAGGUCAAUAUCAUGCAAGGAGUCUCAUAACACUACUUCGGUGUCUGAUACCUCUAUAGCUUUCCUAAAUUCUCCAAAGCCUCAACAGGCUAAUUCAGAUAGUGGGGGUAGCAGUAAUUUGAUUGAUUCCACCUUGCAAAUGAUGGGGUUCGGGCUCUCGUCGUCGUCGUCGUCAUCGGAUUGGAACCAAGCUUUACUCUCUGGGAAUGGAAGAACUGAGAGUUACAAUUCCAUGCUGCAAGAAGACAUGAAUUCAGGAGGACUAAACUCUUCUCAAAUCCGAAAAGAUUGGAGUCCAAAGAGCUAUGCAAGAACUGCUGAAGAUUUCUCCUUGGACCAACAAAGGCUAAAUCCGGUUAACAGUUCCAGCAAUUCGCCACCAACUUGCCAGGGAUUUUCUACAGGCUUUUCAAUGGAGCCAACAGCUUCUUAUUGCUACCCUUCAACAUUGAUACAAAGUUUAUUUGAACCAGAUCAUCUUCAACCACAACAAGUACAAUCUCUUUUCAACAACCGGCCCAUGAAUUACCUGUCGCCGACAGCUCCAAAUUAUGGGACCAACAUGAGUGAAUUGUCAUCUCCUUCUUGGACUAAAGUAUCUCCCUUGAUAAAAUCUUGUUUGCAAAAGCAACAGGCUAGUAGUUUGCACUUUACUAACAACACAACCUACUGGAAUGCCUCACCAACCGGAAUAAAUGAUAUUAGAGCAAGCUUUUUACCCUCAUCACCAUCUCAAUUUCUUCUGCCAACUUUUCAAGAGAAACCCAAUUGCCCCAGCCUCACUAUACAGCCUAACAGAGAAGAAGUUCGAGACUCGGUUUCAGUAGUUAAGAAAGGAUGUGAACCAGCAUUCAAAAGGCCUCGAAUUGAAGCACCAUCUCCACUACCAACUUUCAAGGUCCGGAAAGAGAAGCUAGGGGACCGAAUAACUGCCCUCCAGCAAUUGGUUUCACCUUUCGGAAAGACUGAUACUGCAUCGGUUCUCCAUGAAGCUAUUGAGUAUAUCAAGUUCCUCCAUGACCAAGCCACUGUUUUAAGUACUCCAUACAUGAAAAAUGGAAAUCCCAUUCAACAUCAACAGGCUCCAGAAGACAAAUUGAACGACCUAGAAGGGCCAAAACAAGAUCUAAGAAGCCGAGGACUAUGUCUUGUGCCAAUCUCCAGCACAUUUCCUGUUGCUAAUGAGACCACUGCUGAUUUCUGGACACCAACAUUUGGUGGCACUUUCAGGUAGAAGGAUGAUUAUAGUAAAGCUAGCUAAACAGCUUCUAUAUAUCUAAUGAUCAAGCACUGAUUUUAAAUCCCUAUAGUUUUGUAUCAAACCAACCAAGAUGGAAGGAAACGCUCAUAACUUCAAUAUAGGAAGAAGAUUAUAGCAGGAGCCACUGUACUGCUGUGCUAGCUAGCUGUACCAGUCUUGAACGAAAAGCUAAAGAAAACAAAUGAAAAAGAGAAAAAGGAACUCAAGCUUCAAAGAUGGACAGACAAUGCUGGGCCAGCUACAAGAAGAAUUAAUGAUGUUAGGCUAUCAAAUGAUUAGGAGCCACUUGAGAUGAAGAAUAUAAAUAUCUAGAAGGUAAUCCAAGUCGUAGUACUACUGGUUAUUAACUAAUACCUUAAAGGUGGGGGCUAAGCACAGGAACAGCUGCUAAAUUCAGCUAAAUAUAUUAACAUCUGUGAGUUUAGAGAUUAAUUAUAUGUUGUUGAUCGUUACAUAUAAAUGGGGUGAAUUUAGCAGAUUGGAACAAAAUGCCUUUUGUUCCUGUUGCGCCAUUGUUGUGGAUGCAUAGAGCUGGCACCACCAGUCCACCUUUAUACGUAUAAAUACAUAUUGCUUUUGUUAUUGUAGAUGAAAGAAAAAGAAAUAAAGGGAUUAUUGUACUCA